GCUUCCCUUCCUACGUUUCCAACCACGCAACUGCAUCUCUUUGACAGAUAAACUUGUUCGGAUUUCUGAUUCUGUAAUCCUCGAGAGAGACAAUCAAUGGAGGUCUUACAGAGAGCUACGGUUCCUCAAUUUACUCAAUUUAGUAGGCCAAAGUGGAAACCUCCUAAGCAUCGAUUGGUUUGUUGCUUUGGGUUAGAAAGUCACAAUAGCAUCGAGUUGCAUCAGGACCGGUUGCAGUCCCUGGAUGAUGGAUCUGAAAGAACUCAGAAUGAUGUAUGGCGACUUUUCACGGAAGCCCAGCGGAAUAUCAUGUAUUUAAACAAACAACGUGUCCAAGCUAUUGAAGAGCUGGAGGAAAUGAAGAGGGAGCAGAAAUCUUUGCUUGAAAAGAUAGAACAGCUAGAGGGUCAGGCACAUGCUUCCAGUGAAGAAGAUCCAUCCUCAAUCAGCUCUGAAUUGCUGCUUAGGAUAGACUCGAUGGUUCUGACCGGGAUCCUUGACACUAGAGAGGCAUCUGGCUUUAGAGGUCUAUUGACUGAUACAAAACUUAGAGUAGCUGAUUAUUUCUCCAACAUGAUGUCUAAGAGUGAUUCUGAGGUUUUGGCAGCACUCCGUCACUUUUCAAACAAAAGAAAAAUGAAAUGUUUCCACAUAAUCCACAUCUGUACAGAAAUGGAACCAGUUGCCUCUGUUGGAUCAUUGGCAUCAUAUGUGACCUCCUUAUCUCAUGUGCUGCAAAAACAAGGAAAUUUAGUGGAAGUUAUCUUACCCAAAUAUGCAAGCCUCAAUCUUGAAAAGGUCAAAUCUUUACGAGAAAUUGAGGCAGAGGUCUUUUCAUAUUUUAAUGGUCAAUUGCACAGGAACAGGAUCUGGACUGGUGUUGUAAAUGGCAUUGGGGUUACUUUUAUACAGCCUGUUUACUACUCAUCCUUCUUCAGCAAUGAGAAGAUAUAUGGCUACUCAAAUGAUUUUGAGCGAUUCUCCUAUUUUUCACGUGCUUCACUGGAUUAUAUCCUGAAAUCAGGAAAGCAGCCUGAUGUGUUACAUAUACACAACUGGGAAACUUCAAUUGUUGGGCCACUCUUUUGGGAUGUUUUCGUAAAUCAGGGACUUGCAGCUACUAGAAUCCUAUUGACAUGCCAGAGCUUUAAUUCUCAGUGCCUUGAGCAACCUGAUAAGUUGGCAAUGUGUGGACUUGAUCCUGCUAGACUGCAUCGUCAUGAUCGAUUGCAAGACAAUAACAAACUUCAUCUUGUAAAUAUUUUGAAGGCUGGAGUUGUUUAUGCAAACAAAGUCAUAGUAAUGUCAUCCAUACAUUCGAAAGACCAGAUAAUUUCUACUAUGAGUCAUGGAUUGGAAGUUGUCUUAGGAACUCAUAAGGACAAGUUGCUGAUUGCUCCUUUUGGAUAUGAUGACUCAAACUGGGAUCCUUCGUGCGACAAGUUUCUUCCGCAGAGCUACAGUGCAGAUGAUAUGGGGGGAAAAGCUGUUUCCAAAGUUGCAUUACAGCAGCAGCUAGGAUUACCUGGAGAUGUUUCAUCCAUUCUUGUUGGAUGCAUAUUUUCAGAAGAUUCAGAUGUUGAUCUGGAGAUCCUUAAAUCACUUGCUUGGGAUUCUUCCAGGAGGGGUGUUCAGUUUAUCUUUGUGGGUGUUAGCAAUGUUUCUGGCGUGAACAGCGAAAUGAAAUCCUUCCAGGAUGGUCUCAAGGAUAGAAAUGUGAGGUUUCUCGACAAGUAUGAUGAAUCUCUCUCACAUUUGAUCUUUGCUGGCUCUGAUAUUAUCUUGUGCACUUUCAACGAUCCAAUGGUCCAAGUACCGCUCAAGGCCAUAAAGUAUGGAGCUGUUCCAGUCCCCUUGAAUGUUGCUGACAACAAAUUAAGGCAUUUUAUCGAUCCUAAUUCCCAGAGGACCAGAUUGUCGGAAUACAUCAUAAACACCUUUGCAAAUGUUCCCUUAAGCCAAGCGCUCAAUGAAAUUAAGAACAAGCGAUCACAGUGGGACGAGAAAAUAAAGGAUGCGAUGUCAAAAGACCUAUCGUGGGAUGGAGAGUGCUACGAUGUACAUGUUUCCGCUUACACGUUGCUGAAGAAAUAAUACUCUCGUUAGAUAGGUAUAUAAAACAUCUUUCCAAAGUGCUAUGCUAACCAUAUAUGAUUCUCUUUUUGGUCACACUUUUCUCAAGCUGGGGGUAAAAGUAAAGUUUGCUUC